UACUAACAGUUCGGCCUUGGGCCAAUCACGAACGACGUUUGGCUUCUGUUUCUCUGCAGCUGAUUUCAUAUUUUUCACAGGCAGUAGUCCUUUUUGGAAGCCGAAUCCCAAUCUCUCAAACAUAAUGGCCGGUGCAGCAGCUGAAGAGUCCCAAUUCAAGGGUUUGAGCAAGAUUUUCAACUCCACUACCGUCAAGGGCAGAGCAAACGUUGGAAAGGCAACGUACGCAGCCAUCGGACUUAUUAUUUUAUACAACGUGGUCAAGCCCAAGAAGCAGCCUGCUGCUGCUAAGUAGAUUCAAUAAUCUUGUUGAUAUAAAUACAUAAUUCAUGUUUCCAAAAAUAAAAAUGUAUAAAGUGUAGCACCUUAUAACAAA